AUGUACCAGACUGCGCCAGACGUAUCGCCCGGGUAUCAGGAUCGCGCUCCCUCAUCGCAUACCACCAGGCGCUGGCAACUCAGACAGGCUCUCGCCACCGCUAAUGUCGAUAUCUCUAACCCCGACACUUUCCCUAUAUCGCUCGCUCUCAUCAGAACGCGCCCGGCUCCUGAUGCCCGCGACCCUAUUCCCAGGGGCGUGACCGAUGGGACCACCAGCGAAAGCCCCCCACUGUACCAAUUCGUUCAGGAUUGGACGAACGAACUACAACUACUGAUUACUCGUCCUGAUUGUCGCCUUCUAAAGUUCGAGGCAACAAAGCUUGCUGUCGAGGGUUACACGCGUACCUUCAUAUUGUUGGAGUUCAUAGUCCAACAAGUGCUGAAUGAACUAGUCUCCCACCUGGAGCUAUUCGGUGAUCUUCCCAAAAUGCAGGAAGUCCUCGUCAUGAUCGAGUUGAUCUCGUACCAACGUCGCAAAUGCGACCCUCCUCAAGAAUGUAUCCUCAGGCUCGAAGACUUGCACAAUAUGUCCACCCGACUCAUGGAUUUCCUCAGGCAUACCGCCAUUACACGGCGUGGCCAACAUGCGUGGACAGAACUGUUUGCUCAGAUUGAGGCAUACGCGACAUAUCCCUAUCCGACGCCGGUCGCAACUCACCCUAUAUCUCGAACUUCCUGGCCACUGAUCUCACCCACUGUCUCGUCGUGUUCAUCCCACUCCUCGCUAUCUUCGGACGUUCCGGAGGCGAACCACAAUUCACCUGGCUUUCAGUCAACAUCGCACAGCACCCAGCAUGCGGAGAACACGUCUAUCUCACAAGAGCCAACGCUAAACCAGACUCUCCCAGAUGCUCUGAAGCACUACAUAGACAACAGCACAAAAUCAAAAGCCUUGUAUGUCGAUAUGUUGAAGAAGCAGGAGGACUCUAUGUCGCAGCUACGUGCUGCCUGCAAACAUUUCGUAGAGCUCGAGAACGCUUGCCGUGACCAGGCCAAACAAACAUUCGAUAAUCUGUUCGGCGGAACACCAGCAACGGAGGUCGUGUCUGACGUGUUGAGGGCCAUGGCUCCCAGUAAUGCUCAGUCAACUAUUCUUGCCACCCCACCUACUGCGAAUGAUCGAGCUCAAACGCCUCCUACAUUCCAUACGUCUGGUCCCGUCGGUUUUCAACUCUCCGCUGCCAGUAUCACCGCCCAUAAGCCAUACUCCACUAUCAUACCAAUCUGGCAACCAUCCAUCUCGAUGGUCUCCCGUGUUUUGCAGACGGCCCCCACCCUCACUUUCUCCAGUCCCUCGGAGCAUGUCUCCCGCAGAGUCGGGCAUAUCGUUUCAUCGUCCGGAGACACCUCGUCCGUGCCCACCUAUACAACUUGA